CACUCGGACGCCAGGCGGAAGCGUCGGCAGGGUGACGGUUCUGGUGAGGAUGUAGUUUAGCAGCGGUCGGUCAGCUCGGUUCGGUCCGCUCAGUACGGGACAGUACGACUCUUCCAGCCAGAGGAGUCCAGCGCGGAGAGGAGCGUCCACAGCAGCGGUUUUAGUAGCGGCUGCUGCUGUCUUUAUCGUCAGCGGACUGUUGUUUUGGUGUGGGUUUUGAAGGCUUCGUGCAGCAGCAGCGCUAACGGAGCUGAACGGAUGUAAACAAGCGGCGCUCACGCACACAGACAGGCAGACGCGGCCGAAACAGAGAUGACAGCGGAUAAUAUCAGCUCAUAAGCACCAUCUGCAUUAGAAAAUUGAUAUUUGUUGCUGUCGUUUCGUAUAGACGUAGCUACAUUAGCUAGAGCCUUGGCUCAGUACGGACUCAGUUGAGGACGCCUCCCUGCAGCAGAGAGAGAGAAAGAGAGAGAGAGAGAGACAGACAGUGAGAGAGAAAGACAGAGAGAGAGAGAGAGAGAGAGAGAGAGAGAGAGACAGAGAGAGACAGAGAGAGAGAGAGAGAGAGAGACAGAGAGAGAGACAGAGAGAGAGAGACAGAGAGAGAGACAGAGAGAGGGGUCGCUCGCUGGCCCGGCUGUGUUUUCCACUGUAGCUACAGGCUAGCAAAUUAUCAACCUGCAUUCCUGCCCAGCAGCCCGAAAACUAACUCAUCACAACCAAACUGCCCUUCAUGAAGAAUUAGACUGCCGAAACUCGCGUCUUCCUCAAACUUCAUUCAAACGUUUAAGUACAUGAGGAAGGAAGUUUGAUACACGCAGACGUCCUGUGUCGAACUGUGUGAAGUAUAAAGGCGAGGUUGCAGACGGACGGCGGUCAUGGCCCAUCAGCAGAUGCCCAGCUCGCAGAAGGCCUUGAUGCUGGAGCUGAAGUCCCUACAGGAGGAGCCGGUGGAAGGCUUCCGCAUAACCCUAGUGGAGGAGUCUGACCUGUAUAACUGGGAGGUGGCUAUCUUUGGACCCCCAAAUACGCUCUAUGAAGGGGGCUACUUUAAGGCCCAUAUAAAGUUUCCUGUUGACUACCCUUACUCACCACCAACUUUCCGUUUCCUAACCAAGAUGUGGCAUCCAAACAUUUAUGAGAAUGGUGAUGUGUGCAUUUCCAUCCUGCACCCUCCUGUGGAUGAUCCCCAGAGUGGAGAGUUACCAUCAGAGAGGUGGAACCCUACACAGAAUGUCAGAACUAUCUUGCUGAGUGUAAUCUCUCUGCUGAAUGAGCCCAACACCUUUUCCCCGGCUAACGUGGACGCUUCAGUCAUGUUCCGUAAAUGGAGAGACAGCAAAGGAAAGGACAAGGAGUAUGCUGAAAUCAUCCGGAAGCAGGUGCUGUCCACAAAGGCAGACGCAGAGCGGGACGGAGUGAAGGUGCCCACCACGCUGGCCGAGUACUGCAUCCAGACCAAAGUGCCUUCUCACGACAGCAGUUCAGACCUGCUCUAUGACGACCUGUACGAUGACAACAUCGAAGAAGAGGACGACGAUGACGAUGAAGUUGAUGCUGGCGGCCCAGCAGGGGAAAUGAGCGGAGACUGCUUUGGUGAUGAGGACGACUCCGGCAACGAGGAGUCUUGACCUUCCUCCAUUUUUACCAUGACGUUGAGACUUCCCCCUCCACCAUACUCUCUCACUGAUACUCAUGUUUGUGUCUGUCUGCCCCACUGUGUGUCCUUGAGUUUCUGCUGCUGUUUCACUAUCUGUCCUAAAACCUCUGACCUUGAGUUCUUUCCCUACUGCAUCUCCUUGAAACCGAGUCCUCUGUGUUAGCCAUUACCAUGCUCAGAGUUUUUAGAGCCCCAAGAAGGAAUCAGUCACAAUAAAGUGACAGUACAUUUACUGCUGUUUGUACGUAAACUGGACAGUUCUAGUAAUGCAGUGGUGGUGUUUCAUUGAUUCCUGAUUGGGGCUUUAAGAUAAGACUCAGUCAUAAUAGUAACCACAGUCCUUGUCAGUCUGGCAUUCAUCCUCCCCUGCCUGCCUCGAGACCUCAGGGCUUUUGGAUACUCACGGCUCUAAAUCCCCCCCUUAACAACUCUAUGAUUUCGAAGUGUGCUCUUGGCUAUGAUGGAAUUCAUUUUAGAAUACAUAACACAUUUUUUUCAGCAGGGAAUCGUUUUUCUUUUCUUUCCAUCUUUGUCAGUUCAUUGAAAUUCUCUAGCUUCUUCUCCUCCAAUGCCCCACCUUCUUUUCUCUUUACUUCCCUUUCCUUCUGUGUCUUUGUACCUUUGAACCACCCACACAGCUCACAUGUCCUUUAGUGGAAACAGAUGGCACUGUCUGUCCAGUGAGUCUUUUUUUUAAUCUUGCACACCUCUUUUGCCUCAACCUCUUAACAAGCUAGGGCUUUUAAGUGCUUUGUUUUUUCCCCCACCACCUGUUUAUGACUGAUUUCACUACUGUUGUGUAGUUUGCCAGGUAAGUAUUUGAGAUAAAAAGAGGCUUCGGGAAUAUGUAAAGAAGAAAAAUGUCAUAACAGACAAAACUCAAUGCAUGUGAGCUGUCUCAAGCAGCUCUUACCUUUAGACCCCAAACACCUUUGAUGAGUUUUUGAGCCAUGAAAUUGUAACGUCAGACUACAUGGCAAUGAAGGUGCUUUCAGGUGCUACUGCAGUAUACAUUCAGAACAACUGCAGGAUCAACAUGGACACCAAUUUCAGAACCACACUCAGCUACAGAUGUAACAUAAAACCUUUAAAUUGCUGUGUAUUGCUGACUUGCUAAGAGACUGUUUAGACGAGAUGACUAAACCCCAUUUUUGCCCCUGAAUUUAGAUUCUGUGAUUAUGGCUGAUGGUAAUGUAAGUGUGCAUCACUUUCAAGUGUGCACAUGGUGUAGGUAUCUGGUAUAAGCUGUUUGUUGCACCAGGGAGUGGCUGCACCUAACCAUGACUGUCUUGUUUUCUUCUCCUUUUGAUUUUCUAACACAGCUGACUUUGUUCCAGAAUUUUGGCUAUGAACUUGAUUUUAUGAGCUGUUGAGGUAUGGGGUUUGAGACUACAGACUGCUGAGGACAUUCGGCUCAUCCCCUACCCUUCAUUUUGCUCUGUCCACAGGCCCCAGCAAAGCCUGCAGCUUUCAAGAGCAUGCACGUGUGUUUGUUUUAAAUGUGUUUUAUAUGAGGUGUCAUUUAUUGAGUUGAGGCACAGAGCUGUGCCCUCCCUAACAGGGGUGGGAUGUAGUCUUUGAUGCACAUGGGGUCUCAGGUAUACCCUUACUGUAUCCCAGCAAAAUCAGCCAAGGAUGCUGACAUACGUUCCUGUUCAUAAAAACCCUGAAAAAACAGAUGUGCGCAAAGGAUGCACAGCACUCUACUAAUGCAAGUUGGAGCAAAUGAACAACAUUUCAAUUCUGAACAGAUGCUCUUGGAAAGAAGAGGUAUAAAAAGACUCUCAUUCACAAUGGGAUGCUUAAACACUGGGAAAUGACUGGAGACACUGCGUAUGGACAGCACUAAAAAACAAAAAACUCAGUAAUCCUCUGCAUUUCUUAUGAUCCUUCCUUUUCAAGACAUUGAAAUCCAUCCCUGUACGCAGGGAAAGACUUCUUAUACCCCCGAAAACUCUUGUGACUCUGACCAGCCGUGGCUGUCUCAGAGGAUAUUACUUUUGUGUGUCCUGGGUGUUUUGGAAAUUUUCAUCAUCAUUUUAAGGAUCUCUUAUGCCACACAAUAGGGACACGAACUUGCGAUUCUUUAUCAUGCCUUAUGGUUUUAAGGUGGAUGCUAAAUGAUUCAGUCAUUGUUUGCUUUAAUUUCCUUUCAUUUCUCUUGUAGUGUUGUAACAGACAGAAUCACAUUAAAAAUAUUCACUUAAGCUAGAAAAAUCA